CGGGGUUUUCUUAAUGCAUACGUAGACAUCUCUGGAGUACGUCGACGGAUCAGCGGUGAAGCGGCUGCAUUUUCCUUUAAAAACCGACGCAAACGGCGUUUAAACUCCAGAUUUCUCGUCGUUAAACCGAUAAAGACAAGACAGAAAAUAUGGUGGCUAAGCAGAGGAUACGUAUGGCGAACGAGAAGCACAGCAAAAACAUCACACAGCGGGGGAAUGUGGCCAAAUCAUCAAGAGGGCCACAAGACGAGAAGGCUGCAGUAGGGCCUUGGCUCUUGGCACUAUUCGUCUUUGUAGUGUGUGGAUCAGCUAUUUUCCAGAUCAUUCAGAGCAUCAGGAUGGGGAUGUAAGGAGACAUCUGGAUCAUCUCUCAACAUUCCUCUCUUCUCUCUCUCUCUCCCCACAAAGCAGACGGUCUUGUCUCCAUUCCUCUCGUCUUAUUUAACAUGUACAUUUCCAUCGCCACAAGAUUCAGAUCUCUGUGCCUUACACGAACUGUGGAGGAAUGAAAAAUGUCAAAGAAAACGUUUCCGAAAACAAAGCCAUGAAUUUACAGAACAUUCCAGUUUGGGAGUUUCCUGGAUCAGACCGCAAAACCUUUGUCAGAAGCUGAAAUGAUUCCUCAUCUUUAUCUUCCUUUUCCCUUUAUAAAGGACUAUUUGAUGACCAUACGUUGUGUCUAAGUGUCUGUAUCUGUACAUGACAAUGUUUAGGUGCCAAAAUAUAAGAUGUUUCUGUUUAGGUCAUAUUAACUUAACUACAGAACGUUUCUCUCGAACCAGUGGAAAAUUAUUCAGUAGGGUGUUUGAAUCUAUACAUAUUCCAUGUUUCUCUGUCCCAUUUGUAAUGGUGUACAUUCUUAGACCUGUAUUGUUGUUUGAAGGAAAUUAAGUCCUUUAGGAUGAUUUUUGUCUAUUGGUCAUUUGCGAAAUAUGUACCUUUUGCUUUCCGUUUGAAUGUCCUUUAACAAAUAAAAUGUUAAAACCUG